UGGAGCCGGAUCCCUUUCUAAACAUCUGUUUCCCAGACUUGUUGCUUAUUUUGUAUGCCGUCCGCUGCAGGGGCCGCUUCACUCCUUGGCUCAUAGCUCAGGCAGAAAAACAAAACAAAGCUUGAAGGUGUUGGCAGGAUUAAUGGUGGGGAAAGUGACUCUGAUGUCCCGUUCCCCUGCAGCUUCGUGUUGACUCUGGUUUGUGUUUUGUGUGUGAGAGACAGACAAAUAGAUACAGUAGCCUACAGUUUCUCAGCCGAGGAGGCAGCUUGUUGCUACCGUAUUUUAACUUCUUUUUGCUUGCAUUUAGAGCAGUGAUGGCGAACCUAUGACACCCGUGUCAGACGUGACACGCAGAGCCCUCACUGCUGGCACAUGCCCCAUCGGCCCAUUCGCACUGUUGUCGUUUUCCCCCCAUUUGUUCUCUUGCUCCUCCUACAGCUUGUCUCCACUACAGCUUGUCUCUGCUGUUAAAACCAGGAUACUUUGUUGCUGUUGUUGCUGUUGCUGGUAGCCCUUUCUGUGCUGUUUCUUUCCUGGUGCUUUGGCAGACUAUGAUUGGGUGUAACAGCGUUCGUUUUUAACCCGUUCUGUGCUGGGUUUUUUGGCGCUUUGGCAGACUAUGUCGGUGCUGCGUGUUAGUUCCAGCGAAGUUGCACAAAUUCCUUCUUCCAAGCGCAAGCCCCCUGCAGGGAAAUCCCCAGACCACACUAUAAAGAGACUUCCUUCUCCAUGCUUCAUCCAAUGUGUCCAAGCUGGGGAGAUGAAGUCCAUCAGUGGAGCUGGGCUGCUGUUUCUUCUGCAAAGUGCAGUUGCAGCAAAUGUCACUGCAGCAAGGCUGACAGCUGGGCCAUUUGCUAAUGUGACUGGUUCUUUGGACGACCACAAAGUUUGCCAAUGUUCCGUGUUCUUACCAGACACCACAUUCCCUGUGCAGAGGAUGGAGAGCCUUGAGAUCUUAGCCCGACAGCUCUCAAAUAAAUUUGAGAGUGAGCUUUCAAAAAUUACCAAGUACACCAAAGAAAUUGAAAUGUAUGAAAAAAGGAUUGUAAACCUAACCAUCAAGAUUGAGCGCAUGGAGAAGACGAGCAUUUCUUACACUGAACUGGACUUCCAACUGAUGAAACUGGAAAUCAGUGAAAUGGAGAGGCUAGUCACACAGCUGAAAAGUACGCUACCGGGAAGCAAUGUGAUUGUGGAGCAGCUGUACGGAGAGAUUAAGAAUUUGAGUCUCAUGGUGAAUGAACUGGAAUCGCUGGAUAAGCAUAACAUCCUUGCAGUCCGCCGAGAAAUUCUGGCUUUAAAGAAUAAAUUGCAAGAAUGUGAAGCGAAUACAAACCAGAGCACCACCAGCCACUACAUCCCUCCUGGAAGCUGCAGUCAUGGUGGAAUUGCAAAUGCCAGCCAGCCCUUUGUGAUUCAACUAAACUGGAGAGGAUUUGACUACAAAUAUGGUGCCUGGGGAAGGUAUACCUCUCCCCUGAACCCUGAAAAGGAGCUCUAUUGGGUUGCACCACUGAACACUGAUGGAAGAUACCUGGAAUAUUAUAGACUUCAUGAUUCCUUUGAUAAUUUAUUGCUGUUCAGAUACUCUAAUCAAUUCAGAAUUCUAUAUGGCCAGGGCAGUGGCAUGGUUGUUUACAACAACUAUAUGUAUUUUAACCAACAUGGCUCAAGAGAUAUGAGCAAACUAGAUUUAAGCACCAAUACUGUGGUGCUGAAGAAAACUCUUCCAGAUGCUGCUUUUAACAAUCGGUUCUCAUAUGCAGGGGUGUCAUGGCAAGAUCUGGAUUUUGCUGUGGAUGAGAACGGAUUGUGGGUAAUUUACUCAAAAGAAGCUGGCACAGGUAAUAUGGUGAUUAGCAGACUGAAUGAAACAACUCUUGAGGUCAUCCGUACAUGGGAAACGAGGCAGUACAAGCCAGCCGUGUCCAAUGCUUUUGUUGUAUGUGGUGUGCUCUAUGCCACAAGGCCCAUCAAUACUAGGAAAGAGGAAAUAUUUUACACAUAUGACACAAACACAGGAAGAGAAGGCAGAACAAGCAUCACUCUAGAUAAAAUGCUAGAAACAAUUCAGAGUAUCAACUACAGCCCUGUAGAUGGUAAACUUUAUGUGUUCAAUGAUGGCUACCUUGUUCAGCAUCAGUUAACCUUUCAACCUCUUCCACACUAAAAUUGAAGCAGAGGAAUAGGGAAAGCAGAAGUCUGGCCUGUUUGUACCUCAUUUGUACCCAAUAUUGCUGCUACAUUUCUGAGGGGCGAGGGGCAGAAAUGUAAUACUGUAUUAACUCAUGGCAACAUACAGGCUCUAUCCAUGCCACCUACUUUUGGAAAAGUUGGGGCAAGGUCCAGCCAAUGUUGAACACUUAAAUUUCAAUUAUUUCACCAGCAGCUAAUUAAGCUUUUGCUUAUCUUUCCCAUUGAAAUGAGCAGGACUUUGAACUGCUUGAGCUUGGCUUGAUUGUGCCCAUAACGAUACGCCUUGCAGCUCCUGGUUCAGACCAAUUGUCCCUUUAGGUCAGUGUUCUUCCUGUGUGUGAUGCGCAGAUCUGUUACUAGAAAAACAACAACAACCUGGUCUUUUUGGAUUGGGGCAGGGGAAUAGAGUCAUUUCUACUCCAUAUCAUUUGCUAUGCAGACUUAAAACAUUUCCUCUUAAAGCACCACCACUGUUAUUACAUUUCCCCAGCGCUCAAAUUGCAGUAGUUCAUUGCAGUGAGAACUUGGUUCUGCUCCCGGGCUGCAGUUUGUGUGUGUCAUAAGCACCACUUGGUUAGCUUUUGUGAUAUCAGAAUGACAAAUGACAACUCCUUGUCUGUACUCCCUCCCCUUCUCCUGUGCCUUAUAGUGACAUGUUUUAGACAUGAUUUUAUAGUUUUAAAAUAUUGUUUGAAUGUCAUCAACACUCAUCUAGCCUUGCUAACAAAAUGAUGAAAUGUUUUAAAGGGGAAAGUGAUAUAAAUUGUAGACUGAGGACUCUUUCAUCUUUCUGGUGCUUUGCCAAUUUCACUUUGGAUAGUAAGAAUAGUAAGAAACUGAUAACGCUUUUGGGGACAGGCCCUUUAUGGUUACUACCCCUCUCCACUGACUCCCACAAGUAUAUAUUGUGAAAUCUGGAUGGGGCCUUAAAGUUAUUGCUCAGGGAUAUGUGGAAGGAUCACAAAGGAAAAAAUACAGUUAGUGGAUAAGCACAUGAGACACACUCCUUUUGUGAAAGCCCAGAUAAAGAAAUUAACGAGAGUUACACAGCAAAGGAUUGUUAUGUUCAUUUCAAUGAGGUUUGCUCAAGAGAACAAUCCACAAGGUAGAUUGUGACCUUUAUGUCCACACAACAUACAGUAAUGCAAACCAGGGUGUAUGCAAAACAAUUUGCCACUAAUGUAAAAGUACUGCCAAUUUUAGCCAAAUAUUCAUCUGAAUCUUUGGAUAGAUUCCAGUCCUCAAGCUUCUUGAUGUAAAAGAGUCCAGCAAAGGUAAUAAAGAUUUAGGCCAAAUGAAUCCUUCCUUUUUUGGACUGGAAUAUAUAAAAAAUGGUGCAUUGCUGUUGUCCCUACUUUUAGAGGAAAUGGGAGAGAAAUACUGAUUGGUUUAUGAAAGGGGGGGGGUCUUAUUUGUGACAUUUUGGACAAUAAAUUCCAAGAUGCUGUGCAAACAUUUGUAAACCCCUCUUUUGUUGUAAUCAAUGAGUGAAUUGGUUUUGUAGCAAGAAAUUCUAAUAUGCUAUGCCAUCUUUUGCAUUUUUAUUAAUUAUGAAUAAUUGUGAUUAGAAUUUUGAAUGAACUACAUACAGUAAAUUUUCUGUGACUUCUGUAUUUUGUAAAUAAAUGAAAACUCUAGACCA